CUUCAAACUUAUUCUUUUGUUUUUCAAACGCCUUUUCAUUUGUGUUUCGUGAUGGAAUUUGCCAAUGGUGGUGAAUUGUUCUUCCACUUGCAACAAAAUCGCAUCUUUAGCGAAGCAAGAACUCAGUUUUAUGGAGCAGAAAUCAUUCUUGCUCUUGGUUACCUGCAUGAGCAGUGUAUUGUUUAUAGGGAUAUGAAGCUCGAAAAUUUGCUUCUGGAUAAAGAUGGACACAUAAAAAUUGCUGAUUUCGGGUUGUGUAAAGAAGAUAUAUCAUUUGGAGAUCGAACAAGAACUUUUUGCGGUACACCGGAAUAUCUAGCUCCUGAGGUUCUUGAAGAUAAUGAUUACGGGCGUGCAGUAGAUUGGUGGGGCGUUGGGGUUGUGAUGUAUGAAAUGAUGUGCGGUCGGCUACCGUUCUAUUCCAAAGAUCAUGAAAAGUUAUUUGAAUUGAUUCUUACGUGUACCAUUCGCUUCCCAUCGAAAUUAAGCGCACCAGCAAAGGCACUGUUAGAUGGAUUGCUGAUAAAGGACCCGAAUAAUAGGCAAGUGAAACCUUUUUCUUUUCUCUCUAUCGCAAAGAAAUUACUCCUCCGUUCAGGCCGAACGUGCAGUCUGACACUGACACUUGCUAUUUUGAUAAGGUUACCAUCUAAAAAUGUAUUUCAUUGCAUUUAUGUAUCUUGUAAAAAUGACCUACUCAUCUUAAUAGAAAUCUAUGAUUAUACUUAUUAG